AUGGAAGCUGGGGUGAAGGCUGCAAUCGCCAUUGCGGUCGUUGCAAGGGAAGCCAACUAUGUGAUAAGCGGACUGGAGAGUGUCCCGGAGCGUGUGAGCCUGGUUAUCAGAAUACAAGUCUCUGCGAUACACGUGAGAUCGUGCUUAACUGGUAGCUGGGGUGAAGGCUGCAAUCGCCAUUGCGGUCAUUGCAAGGGAAGCCAACAAUGUGAUAUGCGGACUGGAGAGUGUCCCGGAGCGUGUGAGCCUGGUUAUAAGAAUACACGUCUCUGCGAUACACAAUGUCAGGAUGGAACGUACGGCCAACAUUGCAACGCGACCUGUGGCUAUUGCCUGAAUCGCGCACCAUGUGACGUUGUAAACGGUCGAUGUGAGAGCUGUCACGAGGGCUAUGCAGGGGAAUCAUGCGAUACACGCGCAGAAGAAUCGAGUCAAUUUCCAGUGGCGUUAGUAUCUGGAGUUUCAAUUGGGAUGCUAAUUCUUCUGGCGGUGUUAAUUAUGAUUGUUGUUUUAUUGAUUAGAAAGAAAAAAGGCAAACGGACCCAAGAACAUUCGAGUGUGCUAUCAACUGUGCGCGAGCCAAUAAGUAUCGUCCAUGACGAGCCGCAACAAAUGGCCGCCGCAAAGCCAAAUAAUGAGCAACAAUGUUCGCUACCAACAUCAGAGUCGGUUACUACAAUGUUCAUUCAAGAACCGGUAUAUUCGAACAUGAAGGACUUACCUCACGUAGAGUCAUCGGGAACCAUUAUCGCCCUGUCCCAACUGCAGGGAUAUAUGAUGUCAAAAAGCGCGGAUGAGCUCUACUUAGACUUAGAAUUUAAGAAAAUCCCCUACGGAAUUCAACACCCAGCUACUUCUGCAACGGCGCCAGUGAAUGCGGGGAAAAGUCGAUACAGAGAUAUGUAUGCCUAUGACCACUCUCGCGUAGUGCUUAAAAUUGUUGAUGGCAAAGAAGGCAGUGAUUACAUCAAUGCUUGCUUCAUCGAGGGUUUCUUCAAGAAGCGAGCUUAUAUUGCAUCACAAGGCCCGACGGAGGCUAUGAUGGAUGACUUCUGGCGAAUGAUUUGGCAAUAUGACGUAUCUACCGUAGUCAUGGUAACGAACCUCGUAGAAAUGGGAAAAAUGAAAUGUUUGGGGUACUGGCCUCUUGAAGUUGGUUCCAAGAAAGAUUUCCAAGCACUCACAACAACUUUGAUAUGUAAUGAGGAGUUCACAGACUAUACAGUUCGGAAACUUUCAUUGUCACUCAAGGACAAACAAAGUGUCUCGCGUGUGGUUACCCACUUUCAUUACACGGCAUGGCCCGACAAAGAUGUGCCCACUAGCACUUCGAGCCUCUUGCACUUCUGGCGUAGGAUCAGGGCCCACGAUCCCGACAAGAAGCAACCCUGGGUCGUUCAUUGCAGCGCCGGUGUUGGUCGGACGGGCACAUUCAUCGCCAUGGACAUACUGAUAGACGAGGGUCAAGACAGACAGACAGUCGAUAUCUACGCAUGUGUGACCAAGUUGAGACAGCAGCGAGUUAACAUGGUUCAAACAGCGGGCCAAUAUAAAUACUUACACAGACUGCUGGUGGAAUACCUGACACUUCGCAGUCAGUUCGUGUCCAACAAUGAGUUUGCUAAUUACCAAAACACGCUUCUCCAAGUCGACCAAAAGCUGGACAAAACUGGACUGUUUUUACAAUAUGAGACAGAGGCAUCCUACCACACACUGGAGCUUGCUGGGGCAAACAUCAAAGGUGACGAGGGGGAUCCUUAUUCCGUUGCUACCAUGCCUGAAAACGCGAAGAAAAACAGAUUCGAUGCUAUACUACCGAAUAACCAAUAUCGAGCGAUGCUGACUGUUCCUGUGGAAGGAAGAAAUGACUACAUCAACGCUGUAUAUAUGCCGAGCUACAAGGUGGACAACAAGUACAUCCUUACUCAGAAGCCGCUGUCAGACACUGUGGUGGACUGCUGGAGACUCAUAGAGGCCAGGGGCAUCAGUCUGGUGGUGACAUUCCCCGAUGAGGGAAAUGAACAGAACGGUCGAAUGUUUCCUACUACGGGGUCACUCAUUGUGGGUCCCUUCAACAUCAUGUUCAUCACGGAACAUCACAAAGAGGACACUUUUGUUUCGAGAGUCUUCAAAGUUCAAUACAAGAAAAAGGAGAGGACGGUAACUCAGCUGCUGUACCAGAAGUGGCCCAGGCGCCAGAUGGCACCGCCAAAUGUCGGUGAAUUUCUGAUGUUAAUGGACACUGUGGAGAAUAGGACAAAAUCUUCAGCAGCGUUGAUACAGUGCUUAGAUGGUGCUACAAGAAGCGGCUUGCUGCUGGUACUGUUGUACGCAACGGAAUGCAUGUCCAAGGAUGGGGAAGUGUCGAUGCCUAUGGUCAUCAGGCAUCUUAGAACGAGGCGCCCGCAGCUCAUACCGAACUUUGAACAGUAUCGCUUUUGCUACAGCUUGAUGACACAGUAUGUAGAAUCCAAUGUGACGUACGCCAAUACAUAGCGUCAAGAGAGUACCAAUCUAUGUUAAGUUACUAAUGACAUCUGGAAGUCGCGGUGCAUGACAUGAUGUACAUAUUAGAACGUGACAUAUGGCAAUACGUGCGCUAGGUGUAGAUGUUCAUGAAUAUUGCAAGUUUGCACUUAUUACGAUAGAAAUGACUCGCAUGUAUCCACAUUAUCCAACUAGAGUUAAGGACAAUAUGUAACAUUUUCAAAAAUACGUUUCAAAGUGUGGACCAUUGAAUUGUUUAUGAACAUUAUUUGGACAGUAUACUAUUUUAGACUGCAAUAGAGAAUGUCGACAAUGAAGUACACAACUGAUGGACCCUGGAUUGCAUUUGGACUACUUAGUAUUAAUUCCUGUUUAUCUUUGCUUUUAUUGUUUAAUAACCUCUGUGUUUUUAUUUUAGAAAUGAAUACCGGAAUAUUGUAUAUUUAAAAUUUAUUGCUGAAAGACGAACAGAUAUUUCAUUUCUUGCAUAAUAUACCGUGUUUCUUUAUCCCUUAUAUCAUUGAAUAAGAUACAAUUACCCUUGACACAAAUACCUCAAGCUUUUGAUUGUAAACAAAAACAACACCAAUGAGUUGGAUGAAACAACAUUUGGGCUAUACAAAUAUCUCUUAUAAUAAAGCUAUUGAACAUUAUGUACGGACUUAAGAUCACUUUUAUAUCAGAAAUAUUUAUUUCAAGUUUAUAUCAAGUUAUAAGAACAUGUACGGAUAUGUUUGACAACUACAACAUCAUUGAGGCCCUUUACAAUGAGGUUUACUGGCAUUCAGAGUAAUGUUAAGUGUUACAUUUUAUUCAAUAUAUACACACCAAAAAUAAAACAUGUCGCAAUAAAAGUCGUAGGUUAAGUUCAAUCUUUUGCAUAUUUGUUUUAUUCCAUAUUUUGACACUUAGAUA